GGCACCAGGGAGUGGGAAUAGGAAGGAACCCAACUUCCACCCACACAUACCCCACUAGAAGGAGGCCAAGAAUGAGGCAGGGAGGCUGCAGAGGAAGAUACGCUUUCCAACCCAGGACUGGGAGCACCUUCUCUGGCCACACACCACCUCUAGAGUCCCAAGAAGCAACUUACUGACUGUGCAGACUGAAAAUCCGGUUUCGAACUGCGGACAAGUGUGCUGCUUGGCUCCUGAAAUCGCCGGUCCAGCUUCCGAGGGCGGAGGCGAGCUUAUACAGCUCAGUUGUUGUCAGAGCUUGUCGCUCAGCUAACGAAGAGCAGUCGGCGAGGAACUGCUUCUGGGUGAUUUCUACUCAGCCAUGUCGCCGGCUCCAGCUGCAGCUCCAGGCCCCACGUUUAUCUCCCUGUUUGAUCUCACCGUGGAUGCUCCGGUCCUCCAGGGCCUCAGCCUGGUGAGCCACGCUCCUGGGGAGGCUCCGUCCCAGGCUCUGCCUACUUCCUGUACAGGUUCAGGGGAGACAGCAAGCCCCCAAAGAAAACCACACGGCCCACUGGAUAUUUCAGAGAAAUUAUUUUGUUCAACCUGUGACCAGACCUUCCAGAAUCACCAGGAACAGAGAGAACAUUAUAAGCUUGACUGGCAUCGCUUCAACCUAAAGCAGCGUCUCAAGGACAAGCCUCUCUUGUCUGCCCUGGACUUUGAAAAGCAAAGCUCCACAGGAGAUCUUUCCAGUAUCUCAGGAUCAGAGGACUCGGACUCAGCCAGUGAGGACGACUUGCAGACACUGGAUGAGGAAGGGGCUCAACUGGAAAAGCCCAUCCAACCCCAAGGCAUCUACCCCCAUCGGGUUCUUUUCCAAAAUGCCCAAGGCCAGUUUCUUUAUGCCUACCGCUGUGUCCUAGGUCCUCAUAAGGUUGCCCCAGAAGAGGCAGAACUGCUGCUGCAGAGCUUGCGAAGUGGAGGUCCCAGAUCCUGUGUGGUGCUCAUGGCCUCAGCUGGGCACUUUGCAGGGGCCAUUUUUCAAGGAAGAGAAGUGGCGACACACAAAACCUUUCACCGCUACACAGUGCGGGCCAAGCGGGGCACAGCCCAGGGGCUUCGGGAUGCCCGGGGUAGGGCAUCACGCUCUGCUGGAGCCAACCUGAGGCGCUACAAUGAAGCCACGCUAUGUAAGGAAGUUCGUGACCUGCUGGCAGGGCCAGACUGGGCUAAGGCACUAGGGGAGGCUGGGACAAUACUUCUGCGUGCCCCCCGCUCUGGACGGUCAUGGUUCUUUGGAGGCCAUGGUGCACCCCUGCAAAAGGGGGAUCCUCGACUUUGGGAUAUCCCCCUCACCACCCGCAGACCCACCUUCCGAGAACUACAGCGUGUGCUCCAUAAGUUGACCACCUUGCAUGUCCAUGGAGAAGACCCUCGGGAGACACUCAGAUUGCACUCACCUCAGACAAACCAGAAGGCAGAGAGAGAGGAGAGGAAGAAGCCGACUGAGGAAGAAAGAAGAAAGGUCCCCAGUGUUGGAAAUGAGGCACUUGGGCAGAAGGAAGAAUCUCCCACACAGGGUUCAGGGUCAGAAGGAGAUGAUGACUUCCAGGUAGAGUUGGAGCUGGUGGAAUUGACACUGGGGACCUUGGGCCUUCGUGAGUUUGAAGUAUUGCCCAAGCGGAGGAGGAGAAAAAGGAAUAAGAAGGAGAGGAGCCGAGACCAGGAGGCUGGGGCACAUCCGACUCUUCUCCAGCAACCUCAAGAAGAAGAGUCAGCUCAGGCACAUGGAGCCCCCGAGGGGCCUUCACUAGAUGAGGCCGAGGCCCUGUCUGGUCAGCCAGAGCUCUGGGAUGUGCUGCUGGCUGCUUGCCGGGCUGGAGAAGUGGGAGUGCUGAAGCUCCAGCUAGUGGCUGGCCCUGUGGACCCUGAGGUUCGGUCUCUGCUCAGUGCUCCACUGGGCUCUGGUGGCUUCACUCUCCUGCACGCGGCAGCUGCAGCUGGAAGAGGCUCAGUAGUUCGUCUGCUGCUGGAGGCAGGUGCCGACCCCACCGUGCAGGAUGCCCGGGCCCGGCCACCUUAUACCGUUGCAGCUGACAGAGCAACACGGAAUGAGUUCCGAAGGUUCAUGGAAAAGAAUCCAGAUGCCUAUGAUUACAACAAGGCUCAGGUUCCAGGGCCACUGACAUCCGAAAUGGAGACACGGCAGGCUGCACGGAAGAGGGAGCAGAAGGCAGCCCGGCGGCGACGGGAGCAGGAGCAGCGGGAACAGCGGGAGCAGGAGCAGCGGGAGCAAGAAGAGCGGCGGCGCUUUGCCGCCCUCAGCGACCGGGAGAAGAGAGCUCUGGCUGCAGAGCGUCGCCUGGCUGCCCAGUGGGGAGCCCCGCCCCCGCCGGUCCCUGACUCUGCCAUCAUCAAUGUUGGACGCUGCUGGAGUUGUGGGGCAUCCCUCCAAGGCCUCAUUCCCUUCCACUACCUCGACUUCUCUUUCUGCUCUACACGUUGCCUCCAGGACCAUCGCCGUCGGGCAGGGAAGCCCUCUUCCUGACCUCUUACAGCUCCACCUGGGGCCAACCCUAGGCCCCAAGGGAACACAUUCACACCAGCCGUGGGUUUCUUCAUCCCCAUGAAACCAGAGUAUGGGGAAAAUUAGGGGAGAGGCACACAGGAACCAGGGCAAAAUAGGGCCACAGAGGUGGGUGGAGCUGGUACCGUCUCUGGAACUUUAAUCACAAUAAAGUCUGGCAAGGCAACUGCACUUGUACUUACA